AUGUCUGACAAAAACCAGAUAACAGCCAGAGUUUCCCUUAUCGAGCAGCUGAUGUCUCAGAGGAAUUUUGAGGAUCUCGGCCAUCACCUCACUGCGCUGGAAACUCUGCAUGUGACUCCAGAGCACCUUCAGGAGACGGAGGUGGUCAGGGCGGUGUACAGAGUCCUCAAAAACUGCCCCACAGCGGCUUUGAAGCAGAAAGCCAAGCAUUUGCUGUCAGAAUGGAAAGCGCUGUAUAAGUAUACUCUCUGCAAGCCAGAGGGCAGCCCUAAACGAUUUCCUCACGGUGGAAGUCAAGAAGAAAAUCAAGGCCUUCCUCCUGACCCAAAUCAGGAGGAGGAGGUACGGGGCAGCUCCAGGUGUAAUUCUCUAUUCACAUCCCAAGAUGUGGCAGGAGCCGUUGAAACGAUCGUGCCGGAAGAUAGCUGUGGCGGAGCAGAGCCUAAGGCAGUGCCUCUCAGCACCCAGGACCCCCAGUCCACUGACCUGGCAGCGAGUGGGCAGCCGGACCCUGCAGUGCCCGUGAGAGCCAGAUGUGCAGAGCUGCUGUACGAAGCUCUGACUGCUUCCUCCCCAGGCCAGCCCAGAGCCCACGUGUGGCACAACUUGGCACAAGAAAUCGAAGCGCACAUUUUUGCCCUUCACCCCAAGAACCUCCAAAAAUACAAAACGUGCAUCCGCAGCAAAGUGGCCAAUCUGAAGAACCCCCGCAAUUCUCACUUACAGCAGAACUUGCUUUCUGGGACCACGUCUCCGAGGGAAUUUGCCGAAAUGACCGCCAUGGAGAUGGCCAGCCAGGAACUGAAGCAGUUGAGAGCCUCCUAUACGAAAUCUGCCUUACGGGAACAUUACCUGCCCCAAGUGGUGGAGGGCACACCAACCAGGAAAAUAAAAUGCAAGCGCUGCGAGAAAUUCAACUGCCAGGUUACCAUCAUCCCCAGAGGGACACUCUUCCUUCCAAGUUGGGUGCGGAAUUCAAGCCCAGAUGAAGAAAUGAUGACCUAUGUCAUCUGCAAUGAGUGUGGGGAGCAGUGGUAUCAUAACAAGUGGGUGUGUUUGUGA